CGCCUUUCGUCACAGAAUACAGUUACCGGGACCCUGCCUGCAACAAAAUGGGGAAUGCUAACGUCUGUCUGAAACGGUGCUUCUAUGUCUUCUGCAUCCUGUUCGGGAUUAUCGGGGGCCUCCUGCUGGCCUUGGCACUAUUUGGACACGGUGCAUACGAAAAAUCUGAAGAGAUUGAUGAGAUGCUGCCAGGAAUCAUCGUUUUUUAUGUUGUGGGUGCAGUUAUGAUACUACUGGCCUUGAUUGGGGCAUAUGGACGUAAAGAGAGGAAAUGGGCACUGAUCUUGUUUUUCAUAGGGAUGGCACUGAUGUGUUGCUUCUUCCUGUGGGUAUCAGGGAGUGUGGCAGUAUCGAGACGAGAGAUCACAAACGCUUUGAACAAGCAUUAUGAGGGUGCAGUGCCGUUGGACAAGGCUGACCAGUCCACACAAGAUGAGGUGGAAGCAAUGCAAACUGAGUUAGAAUGCUGUGGACUUAACAAGGGUUAUCAGGACUGGGGGAAAACUGUUCCACAAUCGUGUCUCUGUCCUGAACAAUACAAAAACUCCUCUAAAUGUAUUGACAUAAGCACUGAGGACACACCACCUGCCAAUCAAUCUCAAGCGUUGGUGUUUUCUGAGCCUUGCCUACCAUUCAUGGCCGCGUACGUGGAUGAAAUAGUCAACAUAUUUCUGGGACUGUCUUUUGGAAUUUCCUUCAUUGUGCUGAUCGGGAUGAUUCUGUCAAUGACACUGCUCUGCCAAAUCAGGAGACGACCCUCAACAGUGCCAGUGACCUUCAGUGUAAAUGCCAGUGUGUCCAAAUACAGGGAGCUGUCUGAUGCCACAGAAAAUGUUUGAAAUGCCUCUGCAUAAAUAGGAAUACCCGAGCCAGCUCUUUAGCAUUUACAGAUGGAAUAGAAUGUUAAUAGUGGGAUUGCUGUUGAAACACAGUCAUUUUAUCACAAUGGGCAGAAUGCUUUCAUUACAGUUUUUUUACACAAGUUCCCCCUUACAUUGUGACUACAACCCUAAUUUAAUAAUCACCAGUUGGAUGCUGUUGUAUUCUUACCAUGGCACCCACUGUGCUCAUGCCAGAGUGCUGAGGUAUAGCAAGUACAAACUUCCAAUACACCCACAUGCCAACCAUGACUAUGUUUCGCACUUCGGGUCUCCCAGUACACCACAGUAAGCUAAGCGCCCGUUGGAGGAUGGGCAAAGCUUCACUCACGUAUUUACUGACAUCCGAUCGACUUGCAGUAAUAUCAGUCACAGGGAGUUUAAAAGCGGCAAGAUGAGCAACCGUCGCCGACACACCCACCCCUAUUCCUGGCAAAACAAAGCCAAUCUGUUCCGCUGCUUUGGCCUCCCAUUCACUGUCAGCUUACACCGGGAUCACAUCCCGGCCAUAGAGUUCAAAGCAAGGGCCUGAUCAACUGAGCCACUCGGGAGCCCAUCUGCUUACUUUGAAAGCAAAUAUUAGUGUACGUACAAUGUUUGUGCAUUUAAAAGGGAAAGCUGCAUAUUCAACAGAGUAUGCAGUGUCAUAUGGAGCUAUUCCGUACUACAGGGAAUGUUGUGGUAGGACUGUAUGUUAGGAGGCGUACAUUUCAACAUCUGUUGUCGAAGUCAGCCAAGAGUUCGGGAAUAGGUGUAUCACACAUACACAUAGUGCACACAAUACAUAUUAAGUAACAUUAUGAUUGUUGGUGUUUACGGGGCUUUACAAGGGCAGUUACUGUACCCUUGUAAUGGUUACAGUAUUUUUCAAUAUUAGAGGAUUUACAUAAUUUGUGAAUAGAAUAUGCUAUGUGAAGAGGUGCUUUGGAGCCACUGUGUUCUGCAACAAAAUAUUUUUUGCACAAGGUCAUGCACAGGUAUGUCCAACAUGACACAAUAUUUUGAAAGUAAUGUUUCCCCCACAAUGCCAUCUUCAGAGUCAUUCAGUAUCAUAGGACUUUAACUAUGCAACAUUAAAAAUAAUCACUGCAUUUAUCAUAAAAAAUUCAUAAAGGAGUCAUGAAAAAUAUAAAUAUGAUGUGAGGGGGAAUACUGGAGAGCCUUUUUAAUUUGCUUCAAAUAUCAAUCAGUGUUGGUUACAGCUGUUAUAGACCUCAUUAGGAUAGAAUUCAUGCACAUACAUUUUGCACAAAAAUGCUGAGCUCCAAUCAGAAAAAUUUUAAAAGGUAUCUAGUUUCCUGAGAAAGGCACUGUGUGCUUUUUAAAUGACAUUUUCUCUAUGAGACAGAAAAACAGGAAAAGAUUUGGGUUGGAUGUACUAAGCAUUUAUUGUAUAAAUUAGCCCUGUAAGGGCUCUUGGCUUCAUUACUGCUUUAUUCAUUAGCUGUAAACAGCUUUGAGCUUCAUUUUCUAAUGUAAAAUGACUUUAUUAUCCUUCCUUAAACCCCAAGAUUUGUACCCUUCCUAUCAGAUUUCAACUUUAAUAUAUGCAAUAUGUUCUUGAUCCAUUAUUUUAAUUAUAUUCUUGACCUUGUUUGACAUUGAAUCAUAACUGCAUGGUUAAGGACAUCUGCUGCAUAGCAAUAUUGCAACCACUGCUGCUAAUCCAUAAAAUAAUAAAGACAUUUGGUGAUAAGCAUUUUUUCAUUUGCUUCAUCUUCUGUGGCUUUGUGAUGUAAAAUACAACAGAAGCCACUAAUCACUGAUUGGAAUGAAUCGUUGAUUGACACCUCAGCACCAGGAAAUGGCUGUUGGAGUGACCUGAGUACUUGCAUACUGUUCGAUGCUUCCGCAAGUGUUUUAAUGAAUCAAAACACAAUUUUUAAAGUUGCCUUAUUAGCACCAUGACAACCAUAGCAAUGAUUUUGUAAACUGCACAUAUGAAUCUCCA